ACUCUCACCAACUUUCUCUUUCAUUUCUUCUCAUCAUCAACAACAACUCAAACAUAUUGAACUUCUUCUAGGGUUUUUCAUUCGAACCUUUAAGCCUUCAUCUGUUUGACUCUAGAAGAAAACAGUUUCAAGAUAUGGAAGAGAGAAAUGGUUGUGAGAAACUUGAUGAGGUUAUGCUUCCAGGGUUUAGGUUUCAUCCAACUGAUGAAGAACUAGUUGGAUUUUACCUCAAGAGAAAGAUUCAACAACGCCCUCUUGCUAUUGAGCUCAUCAAACAGCUUGAUAUUUAUAAAUUUGAUCCUUGGGAUCUUCCAAAGUUGGCAAGUACAGGAGAGAAAGAGUGGUAUUUUUACUGUCCAAGAGACAGAAAGUACAGGAACAGUGCAAGACCUAAUAGGGUAACAAGAGGUGGGUUUUGGAAAGCUACUGGAACAGACAGACCUAUAUAUUCCUCAGAGGGUUCAAAGUGUAUUGGUUUGAAGAAGUCAUUAGUUUUCUACAAAGGUAGAGCUGCUAAAGGAGCCAAAACUGAUUGGAUGAUGCAUGAGUUUAGAUUACCUUCUUUCAAUGACUCCUCAGCUUCAUCUCCAAAGAAAUAUGUUGAUAAAACUAUUCCUGCUAGUGAAUCUUGGGCAAUAUGCAGGAUAUUCAAGAAAACAAAUGCAACAGCUCAAAGAGCACUCUCUCACUCAUGGGUCCCUCCAUUCCUUGAAACAUCAACCUCCAAUGUUCUAACAAAUGAUGGAAACCACAACCAUUUUUCUUCACCAAACAUGAUGUUAACAAAGAAACCUACCUUUACAAGCCAAUUUUGCACUACUAAUAACUCCAACAAUACAACACAAAACUUAACCUCUUCUGGUGGCACAACACUUUGUCCUUUAGAUGUUCCAUCUUAUCAUAAUAAUAACAAUAAUCCAAUUAUUGAUCCAUUGAUUUACAAACCGUUAUACCGUUUACCGAUUUCGAACGAUCAAGACCUUAACCUUAGCACCGGCUUAGUAUUCUCUUCUCCUCUUGAAACAUCUUGUAACAAAACUUCAAUGGAUGUUUCUUCCUUGCUAUUGGGUAUGUCAUGUGAAGGAACAACCUCAAACUAUGUUGACCAUUACAAUAAUGGAUAUCCAUUGAUGGCUAAUAGUAUUCCUAAUGUGAAUGUGCAAGAGUUGGAGAGAGUGAGAUCUAUUGGAUUCCCAUUUAGUGUGCCUUUAAAUAUUGGUGAAGCUUGGAAGUCAAGUCUUGUUUGGGAUGCUGCAUCUUGUUCUUCUGAUGAACCCUCUAGCUAUUCUACUACCAAGUGUUACACUUAGAGUGAAGUUUAUUUAACUAGUGCUCAUUGAUAUUUGAGCUAGAUUAGGUGUUAGUAAAUCAGGAGUAAUGUUGGUUUUUAGGGUUUCUUUAAUGUUCUUUAGUUUAGUUUACCAAUUGAGUUGUUUACUUAGGGAGUAACUUUUGGUUGGAGCUAGAACUAGAGUAGUAACUCUAACAUUUUUUCAACUUAGAUUUUUGUAUUAUUCAUGUGCUUGUAGUAUGUUUUGUGUGUGUUGAUUUAGAACUUUGUGUAAACUUA